AUGUCUUCAUCGGAAGACGACGAGUACGUGAGCGACGGCUCCGACGGUUCGGACUUCGGCGCGAAGGAGACCUCGAAGAAGGCCACGAAGAAGACAACCAAUGGUAAGGCGAAGGCGUCGGGAGACAAGAGGCUGUCGGUGGAGAGGAUAUACCAGAAGAAGUCACAGUUGGAGCACAUCCUCCUCCGACCCGACACUUACAUCGGUUCCGUCGAGAGAGAGACCAAACAAAUGUGGGUCUUUGACGAGGAGAAGGGAAUGGAGUUGAGGGACAUCUCAUACGUUCCCGGACUCUACAAGAUCUUCGACGAAGUGCUGGUCAACGCCGCCGACAACAAGCAGCGCGACGCGAAAGGCAUGUCUUGUAUUCGCAUCGAUAUCGACGCCGAGAAGAAUGAGAUAAUAAUCUUCAACAACGGAAAAGGCAUUCCAGUGAUUGAACACAAGGACGAGAAGAUGUUUGUGCCGACACUGAUCUUUGGCCAUCUGUUGACGUCUUCCAACUACGACGACGACCAGAAGAAGGUCGUGGGCGGCCGUAACGGCUACGGCGCCAAACUGUGCAACAUUUUCAGCACACGUUUCAAAGUGGAGACCAGUUGUAAGGAGUAUAAGAAGGCCUUCUGUCAGGUGUGGACCGACAAUAUGAAGACCACUUCAGAGCCGAAGAUCUUCCCCGCCGUCGGCGAAGACUACACCCGAAUCACGUUGGUUUAA